AUGAGGUGGCUCGAAGAAGAUACAGGGAAUGAUGGAAAUGACGUAUUUGAUUCUGAAGAAUCUGAUACAAAUGAAGAUGAUCAACUAAUGGAAAGCGAUCAUGACACUGUAACUGAACAAUCUGCUGGUGGAUACGCUAAUGAGAACGAGUACCUAGGUGAACUGUUUCAUCGUCUGUGUGAGGAUGAAGAUAUGCUAGUGCGAAGACUGGCACUGUCCAUGUUGCCUGCUAUAGCUGAAGAAGCUGAUGUCCAGUUUUAUGCCUCUCAUGUAGUACCCAUUUUCGAGAAGGCCCUGGAAGAUAAGAUUGGUCUUCACUUGGAGGCGACACAGGCUUUAAUCGCUUUGUUUAAAUCUAAGAAAUUAUCUGAUGCUGCACACAGGCAUCUUCUGCCAGUUCUGUAUAAAUACGCUGAGGAUCAAUAUUGGCAAGUUCGGUUCUUAAUUGCCAACACCAUUAAUGAUAUUCACAACUCUGUGAAUUCACUUAUCUUGAAAUCAAGCUGCUUCUCACUGAUGCUGAAGUUCUCAACGGACCCAGAGACACGAGUGCGAUCUGCAGCAGAUCGCAGAAAAGGAGGGUGCUGCCUCUGGGUGUUCCUCAGGCGUAGGCAGCCCUUCUAUGAGGAUGACGAUGACGAGAUGGUCUGCGACCCGGGAAUGAACAUCGCCAUGUCGCAUUGGUGCGGUGCCUCGCUCCCUGAAGAGGCUCCCACUUGGUAUGAGUGUACUCUUGGAGAAGUAUACGAGCACAAAUCAACCCCCAGUUACGGUGCUGACGUAACACAUCCGGACUAUCGGGACACAAUUGCGAAUAUAGAAAAGCGAAUGGCAGAAGAAAAGAAGUACCUAGGUGAACUGUUUCAUCGUCUGUGUGAGGAUGAAGAUAUGCUAGUGCGAAGACUGGCACUGUCCAUGUUGCCUGCUAUAGCUGAAGACGCUGAUGUCCAGUUUUAUGCCUCUCAUGUAGUACCCAUUUUCGAGAAGGCCCUGGAAGAUAAGAUUGGUCUUCACUUGGAGGCGACACAGGCUUUAAUCGCUUUGUUUAAAUCUAAGAAAUUAUCUGAUGAUGUACACAGGCAUCUUCUGCCAGUUCUGUAUAAAUACGCAGAGGAUCCAUAUUGGCACGUUCGGUUCUUAAUUGCCAACAGCAUUAAUGAUAUUCACAACUCUGUGAAUUCACUUACCUUGAAAUCAAGCUGCUUCUCACUGAUGCUGAAGUUCUCAACGGACCCAGAGACACGAGUGCGAUCUGCAGCAGAUCGCUAG